AUGCGCUAUCUGAACAGCCAGGGGCCCGGCAGCCGGCGCGGGGCCGGCCUCCUGGAGCACAGGACGGAGACCCGGGGCUGGCCGCCGACCGGAGAAACGGGCCCCAGCGGGCAGGCUGGGGCGCCAGGCAGCUGGCCGGACAGCGGCGCAGCCCACUUCUCCGCGCGCCCGCACCUGCCCGCCCCUCACGCUCCCGGCCCCGCCCGUUCUCAUCGCUGCCCCGCCCCUCAACAGUUUGGCCCCGCCUCCUCCUGCGGUCCCGCCCCUCCUAUCGCUGCCCCGCCCCCCGCGCACCUGGCCCCGCCCCACCCAUCGCUGUCCCGCCCCUCACCAGCCUGGCCCCCACCUCCACCCGUGGCCCACGCUCCUCCUAUCGCUGCUCCGCCCCCCCGCGCACCUGGCCUCGCCCCCACCCGCGACCCCGCCCUCUCCCACCGCUGCCCCGCCCCUCACCAGCCUGACCCCACCUCCCAGGCCCGGGGCGGGCCGCAAACAACCCUGCCCGCCCUCGGAGACUCUAGAGCCCCCAGUCUCCAAUCUUGGACUCUUGGCCUGGUCUCGCCCUCCGCCUUCCCCUCACGGCCUGGGAUGCCUCACCAGGCUCGUGUGUCUGCAGCUCAGUCCUGGCCCCCUCGCCUUCCGAAUCCUGUUCCCACCCUGUGGAGGCCGCCUGCCCACCUCGCCAGGCAGGACACACCUCGCAGUGUCCUCUUCCCCAGGCAGCUCCCAGCAGAGUGGACACGUCCAGUGCACAGCAUGAGGGCUCUGGGCGCCCGCUGGGGCGAGAUGAGCCUCGGACGGGAGCCACUGCAGCCCGGCAGCCCCCUUAUCUGCGCCUGCACCCGCAGGGACCACCCUCCUCCUACCCGGUCACAAGCCGCACGCCCACAUCGGUUCCCCACGGAGCGCUCUGGUCGGCUCUGCCCAAGCGUCCAGAGAGAGAGCCAGACGGCGCUGGGCCACGGCCACCCGGCUCCCUGA